GUGGGCGCGUACGUUAGUUGACCAUGAUCUAGUGCCGACCCUCAGCCACCCGUUUCACCAAUUCUAAAACGCUUAAAGCGUUAGUUCUAAUUUUUAGAAAUGCGUUACGAAGCGUCAAUAAAAUGUAUUCCGCGCAUUCUACAAGAUGGGAUUCACGAAUUUUUGAAAUACUUUAUUUAGUCAUCUUUAUUUUCCUGUUCUGUGAUCUGGCUAUGGCGGAAAACGUUCGACGUUCAGCUUCUUAUGAUAUUUUAAAUGACGAACAAAAAAAGAUCUUGAAGGAUUAUUAUGAUCGAGGAAUGAUUUCAACAGCAGCUAGUAUGAGGGAUGUCAUCCAAGAAGCUGCGAACCAAGCUAAUAUCACGUUUGAAAGAGUCAAGAAAUGGAUUGGGAAUGAAAAGCAGUCCAGAAAAAGAAAAGCCAGCUCUCAUCAAGAUGAGGAGUUAAGACUGUGCCCUUCAAAGCGUAGAACUACAGCAUAUAAUCUUUUUUGCUCGCAUAUGCUGAACUCAGAGGAAUGCAAGCAGCUGAGCUCUAAUUCUGAGAGGUUGAAGUUAGCUGUAGACCACUGGAACUUGUUAGGGGCAGAGGAACGUGUAAUUUGGGCAGAAAGAGCAAAGGCUGUUCAAAGCAAUGACAUUCAUGACCUGACAGUUAAGCAGCGCACAAACCAAGUGAAAAAAGGGAAAAAGCAGCUUUUGUCACAAGUACAGCUGUUAUUACCCACUGUACAUAUGUACAGUAUUAUGAUAUAAGAGAAUGAUUUUUACUUUGAUUGUUUGUGCAUAGAUUUAGUUGAGCAUCUCUAUAAACAUAACGUGAUGGUUUGUAAAUUUCAAUCCAUUCUAAAGGAAAGACAAUUUACCUAAAGAAAACUUCUACUACAAAAAAAUUUGUAAAAGUUGUUAUGAAUUGUUAGAAGUAGCAAAUAAAUGCUGAAAUUUA